UCGCCACGGAAGUGAUCAGUCAUCUUUUCUCGAACAUUGCAAUAUAAACUUGAAAAUUUAUACAGACGGGGUGCCUGCAGACGGUUGAAUUUUCGUAAUAUUUAGUUUUAGAAAAGUGUGCAAACGAUUCGAAGUUUUGUUACUUGAUAAUAUUGUAGAUUGUUAAUUUGAUAUACGUCGUGUGUGAGUUUUGAAGGAGGCCAUCUUUGCAAUCUUCUAUCAGAGGUCCUUGGCUCGUCGUUUCAUUGUCUGGUGAAAAGCCAGUAUUUAUUACACAUACACUCCAUCAAAUGGCUUUAAAACGAAUUAAUAAGGAGUUACAGGACCUCGGCAGAGACCCUCCAGCACAAUGUUCAGCAGGUCCUGUUGGAGAUGACUUAUUUCACUGGCAAGCCACUAUAAUGGGACCACCUGACAGUCCUUAUCAAGGGGGAGUAUUUUUCUUAACAAUACACUUUCCAACAGAUUAUCCUUUCAAACCUCCUAAGGUGGCGUUUACAACAAGAAUCUAUCAUCCAAAUAUAAAUAGUAAUGGUAGCAUCUGCCUCGAUAUUUUACGUUCUCAGUGGUCGCCAGCACUCACAAUUUCAAAAGUACUGUUAUCAAUCUGCUCACUUCUGUGUGAUCCAAAUCCAGAUGACCCACUAGUUCCAGAAAUUGCUAGGAUAUACAAAACUGAUCGGGAAAAGUACAACGAGUUAGCGCGCGAGUGGACUCGCAAGUAUGCUAUGUGAUGCCCCGGCCCAGAAACCCCACACUUCACAUGUUAGAUGAAAAACAACUUUAUUCAUUCAACAACACUUGGAGGGGAUGAGCCAGCCUUCAUAUUUCUGUCAACUGUACAUUUGCUUUGGACUGUGUACUCCUCCCCACCUUCUACCACAAUAUUGUAGGUGGUUUUAUAUAAAACAUUAAAAAUCAACAAUUUAUAACUGUAACAACAGAGUAGUAUUUUCAUUUCAAUUGUUUUUAAUAUAUUGUGGUUGUAAGGACUAGUGUUGGGUUGCAUUUUUUCCCCCAUGGCCGGCCUCCUUGCUGGAGUAGAGAAGAUGUCUGUCGAUUGUUUACACGGCUCUGGUAAACAUCCCACAAAUGUUUUCUCGUACCUCCGUCCAAGCCGGGUCCCGGAAUUUCAGCCCAACGUGUGGCUGCCACACUCAUAUACUAAUAUAAUUGUUAGAUAAAUUAAUAUGUAGGUUUUGUGGUUCAACUAGGUGUACUAUAAUAAAUAUUUUUCAAUUUUUCUGCAUUCAUGACUGGUGUAUAUCAACAAUAUAUUUAAUUGUCACCAUAGUGUAAUUCUUUACAACUUCUUUUGCAAACUACCCUUUUGUUACUGCGUUUGUAUGUCUUCUGAUUGACGUGCACUUGCAAUUUAAGCCACACACAGAUUUUUAGAGUUUUUUCUGCACAUUUGUGUGAUUAAUUUGCUGUCGUCAGAAUUUAUCAUGUUAGUUUACCACAAACCAUAAACAAAUAUCGGAUGUUUUUUUUUGUUACAUUGAAUUUAUAAAUCCUUUUUUACAUAUUUAUUUUAGACUUUGUAAUGAAUUCUCUUUUGUUGCAGACAUGACUGUAAUAUCAUUUAAAACUGUAAAACUUUUUAUACAUAAAUAUAAUGUGUAAAAUAUUUGAAUGUAGUAAAUAAGAUAUUGCUUCCCUUAUUCAUAUCUGAUUUCCGGGACCCCUUAGCAGGGUUAUCUCCUCCACUUUUUUAAGCGUACCGUACACAAUUUCGUUUAUUUAAAUUAUUCAGUGUAAAAUAUCAACUUUUAUUAAUUAAUAAGAAAGCUAGGCAUAUUUGUUAUAUAUUUUUUUCUCUCGUCAAUAUCAGGACAUUAAAUAUUAAAAUACAA